AUGGCGGACCACAAGGAGUCGGCAGAACUGGUUGGACCAAAGCAGGUUACAGGUGUAGUGGAUGGAUCUGUCAGUAUUAAAUGUAUGUACUCUACAAUCAUAAAGGCUAAUAAGUAUGAUCGAAAAUACUUCUGUGUGGAAAAUGGCCGCCGCCAAUGUAACACUGUUGUAUCCACUACGAAUUUUGUGAUGGAUAGCUUCAAGACACGUGCCUCUCUUAUAGACUACCCAGAAGAGGGUUACUUUAUUGUAGAGCUGUCACAUCUAAAUGAGAAAGAUAAAGGUACCUAUAGAUGUGGAAUUGGAAAAACUAACUACGGCUUGAUGUCAGUGGUCAACGUGGCUGUGAUUGAAGAUUCCCCUGUCCCAAAAGAGGCAGAACUUUUAUAUGGUCAGAUACGGAGCUCUUUGAACUUCCUGUGUGAGUUCGACACUAAGUUUUCUAACUUGAGAAAAUACCUGUGUAAGUCAGUAAAACAAAGUAAUUGUAAGACUAUAAUCGACAGUAAAGGAAUGGUAGAUCCUGGAUAUGAAGGAAGAAUUUUGCUUGCUGAUGGAGAAAAACCAGGAACAUUUAAAGUUAAGCUUAUUCAGCUAAGAAAAGAAGAUGCUGGGAUCUAUACCUGUGGUGUGGGAGAAAAUGGAGGAGAGGGAGAAUCCAACGACUUUGAUUUAAGGAUCAAUGAAGAGACAGAUAUACAUCAGGGAUCUCGUUUACUCACCACUUACCCGGGAGGAUCUGUGUCCGGUUUGUGUCACUACAACCCAAAAAAGAACUAUAACCUUAAGUUUUGGUGCAGAUUGAAAGAUCAGAGUUGCAAUCCGAUCAUCAUGACUGAUGGCUUUGUCAAGGACUCCUAUGAGGGAAGAGUAGUCAUUCAUGAUAACCCAGUAAAUGGCACAUUUCAGAUCCUAAUGAAUGGAAUAACCAAGGAAGAUGAAGGCUGGUACUGGUGUGUGAUGACUAAUGGUGGCAGUGAUCAAACUUUUACUAUGCAAGUGAAAAUUGCUGAAGCUGGAAAUCAUGAUAAACCUAAAGGACUUGCAGGUGAACAAACUGUCUACGUAUCUGUUGGAAAACCAGCCAGAAUUCCUUGCUCCUACCCUUGUAGGUACACCUCAUAUGAGAAGUAUUGGUGUAAAUGGAACAAUUACGGUUGUGUGCCUGUAACCUUUGUAGAUGCAGACCAGAUUGGGCUGAGCGUGUCCUGUGAAACCAGGGAAUUGGUUCUUAACUUCAGUGCCGUUACCCAGAAGGAUGAAGGGUGGUACUGGUGUGGGGUAAAAAAAGAUGGGAAAUAUGGAGAGACGCUCCCGGUUCACCUGAUUAUUGGAGAGGCAGAAAAGGACGUUUAUCUUCAGGCAGAUGGUUACUUCCAGCAGGAUAAUGUGCUGGUGCACAAAGCCCGCAUCACUAUGCGAUGGUUCCUGGAACAUGACAAUGACUUUUGUUUGCUGCAGUGGCCCGCUCAGUCCCUGGAUCUCAAUCCUAUUGAACAUUUUUGGGAUGAGUUGGAAAAUGCUAUUUACUGUGGACCUACACCUGUUGAAUCUCCAGGAGUUGCCUCUGAAGGAUCCAGUAACAGCAACGCUCUUGCUAUCAGCUUGUCAGUCAUUGCAGCUGUUUUAGUGGUCGCAGCUGUUUUCCUUUUUGUUAAAUUGAGGCAGAAGAAGAAUUCAGAUCUGGUGUCUGUUGGAAGCUACAGAACCAACAUAAGUAUGACAGAACUGGAAACUGGUCCAUACAUUGGCAAGGAUAAUCCAGUGGUGGAUAAUGCUCAGGAGACAGACUUAGGCUCCUCCCAAGAUGAAAAAAAGAGCACCAAAAAGGGAUCAAAGGAGGACUUGGCUUAUUCCAGUUUCCUGAUACACGCUAAUGGGAAACCAAAUGAGGAAGUUAUUUCAUAAAACUACGCCGGUUUUAUCACGCAACCACUGCACUUACUACAUCCAAACUAUUCUACAUAUUUCAUAUAAUCAUCAAUUACAUCUAGCCGCUAUUAGUACACUGGGAAAUUUAAAUCAGACAUAACAGAAUUUGUAAGGAAUGACAUUUAUAGGGCACAUUUUUUGCUAAAGUACAUUUCAUUCUAUGGCCAUAACCUGUCUAACAACAUGAUGAUUACCCUAUGAGGUAUGCUGGAAAGUGUAUCCCUAAUCUUUGUUGUAGCACCCCAUAUCUUCAUAGAUGUCACAUUCUUUUUAGUAUGUGCUUUGCUCAAGUUGGACAAGGAGCUAAAUGGGGACAAAAUGACCGUUUAAAUUAGAAAGGUAGAAAUCAAUAGUCAAAAAUGCUGACCCCCCCACAUCCGUGCCAUCUUUCAGCUUUGAUCCAAAGCUCUGUUAGAUUUUGUUGACUUCCUCAAAUCUAGAUUCAUAUCUAAUGCUGAUAAACAUAUACAAUUUAUGCACAUGAGAUUGUUAGAGUAAUGCUGCUUACAGGCACAGAUUGAUACAUACAGAAAGACCAAGGUAUUUUGAGUUUUUUUGUAACGUGUUAACUAGAAAUACUUUAAGUUCACAUUCAACAUUUUGGCCCAGCAUUUGGAUCUUUUUGUUGAAAAAAUAUAGAACUUUGGGAUUAAAAUAAUGACUGUGUAAAUAAACCACUGAAACAUUAUCCUAUGUGUAUGUCUGUAGCCUUGUAAAUUAAAUAUCACUAAAAUCUAAUCAGAUAGAUUUGUGAGGACUUUUACUACCUUAAUAUCGCAUUGAUCUGCAUCCGCAUUUUGUUUAUGCACAUGCGAGAUUGAUACUACUACAAUUUAGGUGUGUUGGGCUACUGUAUCAUCC